AUGUCUAUUGUUAACUCAAUAAAAGCAAUUGUUUUCUAUAUAAUCGUACUUCUUGGUAUAUGUUUUAAUCUUGUUUUUGCUUUAACACCAGCCGUUCCAUUUAUAUUUCUUAAUCGAAGAUUUUAUUUUCGUUGGUGUUCUUUUCUUUUGAGUUAUUAUCUUCUAAUGAUAACAUGUCUUUUGGAAGAUUUCCUUGGUAUUAAAAUAGUUAUUACCGGUGAUGAUUUAACAAAAGGUAAAUAUCGUUCAAUUAUUAUAUUAAAUCAUCGAACAAGACUUGAUUGGAUGUAUAUAUGGAUGUUACAUAGUCGAUUUCAACUUCUUGAACAACUUAAAAUUGUUAUGAAAGCUUCACUUAAACAUGUACCAGGAAUAGGUUGGGCAUGUCAACAUGCUGGUUAUCUUUUUCUUCAACGUGAUUGGGAAAAGGAUCAACAAAGAAUAAAAAAUAUUAUUGGAUAUUAUAAAUCAUGCCAAUCACCACUUUCCGUAUGUAUAUUAUUAAUAUUUUUACAUUGA